CUUUGGAGCAACACGUGCUGCUCUCGCCGCCCCCACCGCACGCUAACGGUAGCUCGUGGCUACUCCUCGGACUAUAUCCGAUCUUCGAUUUGUUUCCAAACACCUCACGCGGUUCGGCGGUGAUCUCUUUUUUUUUGUAUUUGUGUGUUCAAGUGAAAUGGAAUUUGGUGAAUUUUAAUUGCACGCAGCAAGCUGCCGGCUGCCGACAGUGGCAACAUUUCAUUCAACUCCAGAUAAAGCAACCGCACCAGCAGCAGCACCAGCAUCAACAUCAUUGGGAGAAAAUAGCUGAUAAAUAGACAAUAACAUAAAACAAAGGCCGGGGACGCCACUUCAAUUAUCCCCCUUGUCCAUGAUCCAGUGAAAUCUGAACAGGAAUCAGACCAGAAAAUGACAGAGAACAGCAACCAGCAGCCGGCUAGUGGCGGAGGAGACUUCAAUGGCCGCCACUCGGCCUCUCCGGCCAGGACGAUCGACUCCCACGACUCCACCACUGGCAGCAUGGACACCAUUGUUGAUCGCAGCCUGAACCGCGAGGAACUAAACCAAGCGGCCACCAUUGAGCAGAGCACAAACACCACAAACACGGGAUCGGAGAGCCUGACCAACUCUCAGAUCGGAAUGCUGCAGCGGGACCAGGAGCAGCGGAAGCAACUGCAGGAAGAUCAGGAGCAGGCACGCCAGGAUGCCCAAAGUCACAUUUAUUCGAGUCCCGUGUACGAUGAGAAGCCGCCAGCCCUGAAGCUGCUCUCGGCCGCCCUGGACCUCGAUGUGGAGGCGGCCAAGGUUAAGAGCCAAGAGGACGAGGCGCAGAAGCCCAAGAUAAUCUCCCAUCAGGAGUUCAAGCAGCAGCUAGAGGAGGCAAUGGCCUCCAGAAUGCCAGGCAGCCAGGUGACAAAGGCCGGCUCUAAGAGCGCCGCCAACACUUUGGACUCCAGAAUCAGCCGCAAGCAGCGCUGUCCUCCGGAGUUCAUCAAAUACAAGGAGGGCAGCGAGGCCAGCUCUUCCUCGAUAUCCGGUCGGAACAACCGCAAGCGAAAGGCCAGCAACGAAUGCUGCUCCGCCUUUCCUCUUCAGAUCGUCUUGGGCACUUUGCAGCUGGUCUUGGCCGUCUCUUUAGUGGCCCUCGGAUCACUGCUGAUUGUCCGGGACGCGGCUCUCUCGAUGGCCGGAUGCGGCAUCUGGACAGGAUUAAUAGCCGCUGUCACAGGGUCCCUCGGCGUAGUGAGCAUGCGAAAAACUCAGACCGCCUUUCUGGCUCUCAGCUUGGUGUGCAUUGCCAGCAGUACCUUGGCCCUGGCCAUUUCCGGAGUGGGCCUCUCCAGGGAUCUCAACCGAAUGGCAGAGCAGAAGGGUGAACAGUUUGACCUGAUGAACACCAACAGCGAGGUCUCGGCAGCCUGUGGAUUAAUUUUUGCUCUUUUCUUGCACUUUGUGGUCAGCAUUGUGUCGGUUUAUCGAUGCGCCCUUCAAAUUUGCACAAAAUCGGAACACAGCGAACUUCGGGACGUUAUUAUUAAGUCCAAUUCCACCGGAAUACCUUUGGACCAGCAGAAAGUGGAUCAGUACAUCAAGGCAGUUUCUCUCAACGGUAGCGAGAAGGUACGAUAUUCUUUUCUGCAGCCAUGGAUUUUCUUUUACGAAGCUUUUUUUUACCAAAAGGUAAACUCUGAAAAGUUGGCCGCCAUGUGGAUGUACGCCACCCAAAUGGGGAGCUACCCACCUUCUUCGGUUCGCAAACUGACGCCUCCUUCUCGACCCAUCAUGCUGAUUCCCUCGACAGCGGGCAGUGGGAUGGCGCCGCCACCACCCACUCGCCUACCGCCGCCACCGCCCGGCACCGGAGCGGGAUUACUGCUGCCAGUUCCCCCACUGCCACCGCAAUACCGCGGAAUGACUCUGCCCGCCUACAUGCGUCCGCCUCCCAUCCCGGGCUCCGUCCUUUAUGCCCAUCCCGCCAGCCUGAGCGGCACAUAUCGCACCCACAAGAGCACCAAGUCGGCGGAGAUCAAUGGGCAAAGACGACGCCGGCGGGCGGGAAAGUCGGAUGCCAAUCGUCGCCAGCGUCGCAAAUCGGAGGCGGAUGUCCUAGAUGGUGCACCCAACUUCCAGUACACGGGUCUGGAUCGAGCCAUAGCCGAUAGCUUUCUGGCCCGGCAAGAGCAAUCCCAGGCGGGCAGUCACAUCGAUUAUUCGUCCUCCGCAUCGUCGGACUUGUACGGCGGCCAGCAGCGCGCCUCUUCCAAAACGAAGAUUGUCUGUCGGGAUGUCGUGAUGUAGGAGGCCCCCAUAAAGCAUGACAACCGGAGCUACAUCCUCACUUUUGUACAUAACUUUCCACUGGCCAGAGCCCUGGCUAGACACAAAGAAAAUAUUCUUUUUUUUAGAACUAUCGCUAACUCUGUCUCUGAUCCUUCUCCAUAUGCGUAUUAACGUUAAGUCAGUUAUCAAUAUGAAUCGAAAAUGUUAUAUUAAACAUAUAUAUGUGUAUAUGCUAUACAUUCAAA